CAACCGUCAACUGAAUGAUUAAAUGAAGCCCAAAUAUGACUGUUCAUUAUCUGUCAGCAUUAAAUUCAAAGGUUUAGGCUACUCAAAUGCUGUUUUCCCCUUUUUAUAGCCUAUAAAAAUGUUAGAAUUUUUGUGACUUCUGUCCUUUAAACUGGAAUUCCAGAAUGAUCAAUUCUUCUGUAAAUGUUGGACAAAUUAGUGAAAAUAAAACCACAUUGGGAUAGGCUACUAAGUUUAAUGCAAACUGUAUAGGUGUUUGUUUUCGUUUUUUACCAUACUAUAUGGUUGUUUAGUUAAUUGCGACAUGUCAGAAAAGGGCAACGUUUGUAGAGUGAACUUUUGUAUUUCUUUCUGGAAAUUGAAUCAUGAUGGAAUUUUAAAGUCUGUAUUAGAGAAGAAUGCAAGGUACAUAUAGAGAAAUUAACUUUAAAAAUUAGCCUAUUCUGAGAUAUGUGUAUUCAUUUGAGUAAAAGUGACAAUUUAGCCCACUCUUCCCUUUAAAUUAACUACGUAAAAGUUGACGUUUGGAGAAGUUUUUGACCUGUUCACAAACUUCACUAAACGUAAUCUUAUAUUACUUUAAUUAUUUCAUGUAUAUGAUAUGUACUAUUGUUGAAAAAUCUCUGUACAUUUUGGUAUAAUAAAGCUUAAUUAUACUAGUUUCAGUGUCGAUGUAAAGAUUUGCUUGAAGCGCAAUGUUCUUUGGCUUGAUCUAACAGGGCAGUUCAACUCCGCUGGGCCACAACACCGGCAGAGUUUUGUUUUAAGCCUAAUCAAACCCACCUGCAUGUAACCUAAUAAGCAACUAAUUCUGAAAACCUUGAUUAGCGGGUUCUGAUGUUUAUUUGGGGUUGGAACUAAACUCUGGGUGGUGGCCGCAUAUCGUUCAGCAAUGGAGAUAAGCUUAAGCUUUUAAUGUGCGUGCGUGAAUUCCUGUAAGAUUGAAUCAUUAACAGUGAACGUUAAACUCUUGUGACCGCAACCAGUUGAAAUGCUAUUCAUGCGUAAUUUUCGUCAAGAUCAUUAGUGCUCUUCCUAGAGUGUGCAGUGCGUGCAUCACAUUUAUGAGAACAAACUGUGACCAUGGCACUCCGGAGUGUUUCUUGACUCCCUCAGGCGGGGUUUCCUUCCUUUUAUCUCCUGAAUGGGGUUUCAAAAGGUAGAAAUAUUUAAAACGUUGAACACCAUAUCCUCAUGCAGCUUAAGCUGCCGUACCUCUUGAAAUCAAAAUAAAAUGGAUUAUCAUAAACCAACGAUUUUGUUCAUUAUGAUAAUUUCGUCUUGCGCUGGAAUGGUAUGUAGCUGUGCUUGUUCAAGCAAUCUAAAACACUGUGCAAACAUUUACCAAAUGCCAGUGGACUUCCAAGCGGCUGAACAGACUUGCAGAGAAUGGGGCGGUCAGUUAUCUAUCCAGUCGAAUGCAUCAGAUAAAGUUGUCGACUAUCUUAUUGAUAACCUGAUCGGGCACUUUUGGUCCGGACUCCAUCUACCAAGCGGCAAGUGUUUAAGUAAUACGAGCGCAUUACGCAAAGGCGAAUGGACCAACUUGGAGACCGGAGAAGCGCCGUGCGUUCAACUCUGCAUGUCUGUCUCCAGCGACGGAACGCGGACGCCGAGACCAUGUGCGGACAAACUGGAUGGAUUUUUGUGUGAGGACUCUCAAGGGGAUCUUUGCAAAGGACGUGCGGUCGUUCUGGAUAAUGCACGGUGCAUGUUUGCGCCUUGUGAACAUGCAUGCACUCCUAUGGAAACCGGAUAUAGGUGUUCAUGUAAGGAGCGAUUCCGUCCAAAUGCACGAGAUCCACGCCGCUGUGAUUUCUAUUGCGCAUCGAACGUUUGUGAGGCGUUGUGUAUGAGAAGCGGGUCGGUGUGUUGGUGCCCGGCUGGUUUUGUUAGAAGCGACCAAACCUGCGAAGAUGUAGAUGAAUGUGAAUCAAAUCACGGCUGCGCACACACGUGCAUAAAUACCAUAGGAAGUUAUAGAUGUGCAUGCUAUGAGCCUUUCAUCCUCGUUAAUGGAACUGAGUGCACUCAUGUUCAUAGUCUAUAUAAUGGUCAAGUCUUCACUUCACAUUCAACACCGUCACCGAAUUCUAUAGCGAGAGGGGCACUGUCAACCCCAGGAGAGUAUGUUGGGCUGAUAAUAUUCCUAGUAGUGGCUGUUUUUGCUCUAUUAGUACUUGUGCAUUAUUUGCGCGGUCGUAAAGCAACUGUACAGGAAUGCAAUCCAUCAGAUUCUGGCGAGUUUCAAGAAACCGUAUCUAAGUAAAUGAUAACUGCUACAUGUAUAUUAAGAUUGUGGUAAUGUCCCUUUUGUUUAUGAAUCAAUUAAUUUGUUUACUGAACACAGUCUGUGAAGGAUUAGACUUGUUGGAAUGACUGUAAAUCUCUCAAUAUGUCUCUAGCUAAAACUGAAAUGUUAUGUUAUGAAAACUGAAAAACAAAAUGUUAUUGAAAAAUUGUUUUCAAAAGUGAACUGGCCUUGUUGUCCUCUUGUAGUUCUCAUAGAAAAUUCAUGUACCCAGAAUGACUUGCAGUGUAAGAGUCCAUGAAGUCAUGAAGACCAUGUGUAAAGAUGUCAGCAUAUUUUAGCAGCCCACAUAUUUUCUUCAUUUCGGUUUAUUCCUUGACAUGUCAAACAACUUCAUACCUUGAUAUCUGUACUGGAGUACAUUACCAAAAAGUUGACUGAUAAAACAUUGCAAUGCAUAAGAAAAAAAAUAUUUUACAUGUUAAACAUCUUUGCUAACAACUGUUUUGUAUUGUUACUGCAUGUA